GCCGGGCCGGACCUUCGCCGGGACCGGACCUUCCCCCGCGCCCGCCGCAGGGAAUGGGCGCCGCGGCUCCGCGCUGCGCUGCCGCGCCCCGGCCCCAUGAGUGCUCGCCGGAGCAAGUGAGUGCGGGAGGCGUCCGGGCGGGCGCCGGCGGCCCGGCCUCGGGAGGGAGGAUGUGGUGAGAGGAUGGGGCUGUGUCCCGUGGGGGCUCGCCAUGGCCAGGGAGGACUCGGUGAAGUGCCUGCGCUGCCUGCUCUACGCCCUCAACCUGCUCUUCUGGUUGAUGUCCAUCAGCAUAUUAGGGGUUUCUGCUUGGCUGAGAGACUACCUGAAUAAUGUUCUCACUUUAACUGCAGAAACAAGGGUGGAGGAGGCUGUCAUUUUGACUUACUUUCCUGUGGUCCACCCAGUUAUGAUUGCAGUCUGCUGUUUCCUCAUCAUAGUUGGAAUGCUGGGAUACUGUGGAACAGUGAAAAGAAAUCUGUUGCUCCUUGUCUGGUAUUUUGGAAGCUUGCUUGUAAUAUUCUGCGUUGAACUGGCCUGUGGUGUUUGGACCUACGAGCAGGAAAUAACGGUUCCAGUGCAGUGGUCCGAUAUGAUCACACUGAAAGCCAGGAUGACCAAUUAUGGCCUACCUAGGUACCAGUGGCUGACCCAUGCUUGGAAUUUCUUCCAGAGGGAGUUUAAAUGCUGUGGCGUGGUGUACUUCACAGACUGGCUGGAAAUGACAGAAUUGGACUGGCCACCUGACUCCUGUUGUGUCAGGGAGUUCCCAGGAUGCUCUAAGCAGGCACAUCAUGAGGAUCUCAGUGACCUCUAUCAAGAGGGAUGUGGUAAAAAAAUGUACACUUUCUUGAGGGGGACGAAGCAGCUGCAAGUGCUGAGAUUCCUAGGAAUCUCUAUUGGAGUAAUGCAGAUCCUGGCCAUGAUCCUCACUAUUACUUUGCUGUGGGCUCUGUACUAUGACAGAAGGGAUCCCAGAGCCGAUCAGAUCAUGGCACUGAAGAGUGGUACCUCACAGGAGCUGUCAUGUCAUUCCAUGGAGCUGCUGAAACCAAGCCUCACCAGGAUCUUUGAACAUACAUCCAUGGCAAACAGCUUUAGUACACACUUUGAAAUGGAAGAGCUGUAAGGGAUGCGAUGAAUCUGCGAAGUCACAGAGGACUUUUUGUGUUGUUGUUACUUCUGUUCUGUUCCAUCAAAUAUACCAGUCUUCUUAUGUGUUGGAAACCAGCUAAUGAAUGGAAGUGAAGAAGACCAGCAAAGAAAGAUGAGCCUGUUGCCAGCCUCUUAGCCAUGUCCUCAGCUGUGAAAGAGAGUUGAUUUUGUGUGUUCAUUUUUUAAAAGGCUCUCAUUCAGUUGGGCACAGUAAUACUCGUUGGCACAAGCUGUGUGAAGUGUAAAACACUGACUCAAUCACAGGUAGACUGAACCUGUAAGGAAGCAUCAUGGGAAGGGAAGAGAAAUAUUCAUCUUCUGAAGAAACAACUGUGCUUUGAGCAAACAAAAUAUGACUUCAGCUGAAAUUGACUUUUAAUAAGCCAUUUGGAAAAUGUCUUUAUCAGGGAUCUAUGUAUGUAUAAUUGUGUGUUUUCAUGUGUGCAUGGAAAGCAGAGCUACAAUUCAAGUUAAUACUUGGAUUUAAAAUUUUGCAAGAUUUGUAAAAAGGGCGAGAUUUUCUUUUUUCUAACAAAAUCUUUAUCUUAGUUUUUGUUCUUAAAGAUGGUCUAAAACUUCUAUUUUUAUCUAACAUAAUGGUUUUUUUAGUUUUAAAUAUAUUAAACAGGGAUUGAAAACAAAACUAUUGCUAUGGACAAUAGACUUUAGUUUUCUGGAGAAUUCUUCCUUCAAACAGUUUGUUCUGUGGACUGUUUCUUAGUAAAAAGGAAGAAAACCUUAAACAUUCUUGCCAAAAUGGGAAUCAAUAUGGGAGUAGCACAUUUUUAUAGAUAAAUCUUUUCUCCUGUCCAUGAUUCCCCUGAAGCUAGAAACAAAAGACUGCAAGAAAAAUGCUUACAGUUCUGGAUGCUAUUGCAAUAAUUGUAAAAGUACACAAGGAAAAAUUUUACUUUGGUGAGUGCUUCAUUAAGAACUCUCUGGUGGCCUAAAAUGCCAGCCAGAAACAGAUUAAAAUGUAUUUAUUGAGGUGGGGAAAGUGCAUUUUACUGUAUUUUGAUGAGCAAUGUCUAUGUCAUAGGAUUAUUUUUACAAUUGGCCACGCUCUUGAGAUAUAUAUUUGUUCCAUUGAGUAUAGUAGUUUGUGGCAAAUGGGCUUUUUACAUAAUAUUACAUUAAAAAUUAGUUCAUUUGUUUUGGAAUUUGUAAAAGAAAAAAGAAGUCAAGGUGUGAUUUGGCAGACAAUAAAAUUACUUUUCUCUUAAAU